UGCGCACUAGAUCGGCGGCAAUUUGUCAUGCCGGCUGCGUUGAGUAGGUAACCUACGAUCUCGUUAAAAUUUCCGUAUACGCACUGCGACCAGACCGACACACCACUAUCGUCGUCGUCGUCGUCGUCAUCUCGUUUACAAAUCGCGUCCGUACUGCAGUCCAAAAUAGCUGCACAUCGUAAUAAUUAUUAUUAUUACAACGAUAAAAUAAAAAUAAUAAUAAUUAUAUUGCGCGCGUCGCAUCAAACCGCGUGAAAACGUCGCGUAGUCGUUCAAUCUCACACACGCGGCGCGUACCCACACCGGCGAUUGCCGUAUACGUUUCAAGACAUCAGGAAAAGAUCCUUUUUUCGUCCUUCCGUCGGUUUCCACGUGACUCGUCGACGACGCUCAUCGGCCGCAUCCACCCGCGUUUCAAAAACGCGUAGUACCGCCGUGUGCAGCCCGCAGUCUGCACCCCGUGAUCCGCGCCGCAGCGCCGACGGCGGUUCCUGAUUCCCGCGGGGCACUACCGCUGCAACACACUACCGCGGUUUAAUAAUAACACGAUAUACCAGGUAUAUUAUAUUAUAUCCGACACGCGGUCCUCGAUCAACACGGUAACUGUUGCGGUACUCUGCGCCGGUACAUAACCAACGACAAUGGACGGCACCACGUUGAUUUUGAUAUACAUGGUCGUAGCGCUCGUCGGUUUCGCGCUCAUCGGGCCCAUGGUUCGCAGGCGAAAAUUCAUCGCCUCGUUCAGUGCCAUCGCUGGACCACCGUCUCUGCCGCUCUUCGGCAACGCACUACAGCUAAACGGAUCCGCUUCCGAUUUCUUUAGACUUUUACUCAAAUGGCAUUCAAAAUUUGGAGACACGUAUCAGCUGUGGAUCGGUCUUCGACCAUUCAUUGCAAUGGCUGACGCUGACCAUAUUCAGCAAGUUUUGAACUCGAAAACUCAUAUUGACAAGAAUUUAGAAUAUAAUCUUCUACUUCCAUUUAUCGGUACAGGACUAGUGACAAGCUCAGGAUCAAAAUGGCAAAUGAGAAGGAAAUUAUUGACUCCAGCGUUUCAUUCAAGUAUUCUCGAAGAAUUUUUACCAUUAAUAGAAACAAAGUGUAAAACUUUAGUGAAAGUGUUAAGAAAAGAGCUCGAUAACGUUACAGGAUUCGAUAUAAAGCCUUACGCAAAAUUGGCUGCGCUAGAUAUCAUCGGUAUAACGGCUAUGGGCUACGAGAUCAAUUCGCAGGAAAAUUCUCAGUUGGAAUACGUUAAAGCUUUGGACGAGCUUACCGCAAUCAUGCAGAAACGGUUUAUAACACCGUGGUUGAAACCAAAUUUUUUGUUCAACUUAACAUCACUUAGUAAAAGACAAAAUGCGUGUAUAGACGUUAUACAUACAUUUACAAAAAAGGUUUUAAAAGAGAGGAAGGAUAAUUAUAAAUUAUUCAAUAACCAAAUGUCAGAUGCGAAUAAAAAUGAAAUUCAUCACGGUAAAAAAUAUAAUAAAGCAUUAUUGGAUUUAUUGUUAGAAGCAUCUAAGGAUGGAAAAGUUCUGAGUGACAACGAUAUUCAAGAAGAAGUUGAUACUUUCAUGUUUGCGGGAGUUGACACGAGUUCCGUCACUUUUUCUUGGAUUAUGUAUGUUUUGGGUCAACAUCCACAUGUACAAGAUCGUAUAUUGGAAGAAUUAGACGAAAAAAUCCCGAAUUUCGGCACUGCAAAAUUAUCAUCAACAAUUUUAAACAGCCUUGAUUAUUUGGAAAGAACUAUUAAAGAGGUGAUACGACUUUACCCAACCGUCCCAUUUAUCGGUAGACAAAUUUACGAACCACUCUCAAUCGGUGAUCACACUAUUUUGCCAGGGACGUCGAUUUUCAUAAAUGUGUUUGCUUUACACAGAAAUGAAAAACAUUUUGAAAACCCGAAAAAGUUUGACCCUGAUAGAUUUUUAAAGGAAAACAAAAACGAUCAACAUCCUUAUUCCUAUAUACCAUUUAGUGCAGGAUCGAGGAAUUGUAUUGGAAAAAAGUUUGCAUUGCUUAUACUCAAAAUUGCUGUUGCUACAGUGAUAAAAUCGUACAGAGUUAAGUCAUUAGACCCAGAAGAAAAGUUAGGCCUUGUCGGUGAAAUCGUAUUGAAUGCACUGAAUGGAAUCAAUGUGACACUUGAAAAACGGACGUAAAUCUAUCUUUGUGCUCACAGACUUUAUAAUAAAUACAUUCAUUUUGUAUUGACUAUUUCCACUGCGUAAUGUUAACUGUAUUUAAGUAUUAAGUUUUUAAUUAUAUUGGUAUUAUUUUUUAAGUUUUUAUGCAUUGGAUAUUUUUUUUUUUUU